GCAGUGGACAUAGGCAAACUGGGAUAACAGGAUAGCUAGAAAGAUAGAGAGAGCUUGUGUGGGAGGAGGAACUCCAUAGAAAUAAUGGAGAAGGGUAGUCAUAACCAGAAGAACUCAAAACUUGAAGAAAUGGAGGUGGUAAAAGAUGAGCCGGAAAAGGUGAACUACAAGGGUAUCAAAGCUAUGCCUUACAUCAUCGGGAAUGAGACGUUUGAGAAGUUGGGAACAAUUGGAACAUCUUCAAACUUAACUGUUUAUCUAACAACAGUCUUUAACAUGAAGAACGUUUCAGCUGCAACGCUUAUGAAUGUCUUUACUGGUACUACUAAUUUGACACCACUGGUCGGAGCUUUUCUCUCUGAUGCCUAUUUUGGUCGUUACAAAACCUUAGGCUUCGCUUCCAUUUCCUCCUUCAUGGGUAUGCUUGUGAUAAUGUUCACAGCAGCAAUCUCCAAAUUACAUCCACACCACUGCGAAAGCAAAGACAGAAUGUUAUGUGAUAGUCCAACACCUUGGCAGCUCGCUUUCCUGCUAACUGGUUUCGGGUUCUUGAUCAUUGGCGCGGGAGGGAUCCGACCGUGUAACUUGGCAUUUGGAGCCGAUCAGUUUAAUCCCAAAACUGAGUCAGGAAAGAGAGGAAUUAAUAGUUUUUUCAAUUGGUAUUACUUCACCUUCACUUUCGCAAUGAUGGUUUCCUUGACCUUCAUUGUGUAUGUACAAUCGGAUAUCAAUUGGGCUCUUGGACUAGCUAUUCCCACAUUUCUCAUGUUCUUGUCUUGUGUCUUCUUCUUCAUUGGUACAAGAAUUUAUGUUAUUGUGAAACCUGAAGGAAGCCCAUUAACAAGAAUAGCACAAGUCAUUGUUGCUGCGACAAAGAAACGGCACUUGACUCUACCGGAAAAUCCAGAAUUCGCACUCUUCAAUUUCAUUCCUGCCAAUACCAUCAAUUCCAGACUUCCUCUGACAGGCCAAUUCAGGUUUCUCGACAAGGCAGCAAUUCUGACAGAUGACGACAAGAUAAAUCCAGAUGGUUCAGCAGAAAAUCCCUGGAGACUUAGUAGAAUGCAACAAAUAGAAGAAGUGAAAUGCGUAAUGAGAAUACUUCCAAUAUGGGCGUCAGGAAUCAUGUACUAUGUAGCCCUUGUUCAAAUGCAUACAUACGCAGUUUUCCAAGCUCUCCAAUCCGAUCGACACUUUGGUAACACCAAAUUUGAAGUACCAGCAGCAACUUACAUAGUUUUUCAAUUUUUAAGUCUUACACUUUGGAUACCAAUUUACGACAGACUUUUAGUCCCUGCGAUUAGAAAAAGGACUAAAAUAGAAGGCGGAAUCACAUUACUCCAAAGAAUGGGUAUCGGAAUAGUACUCUCGAUAUUAACCAUGUUGGUUUCUGGUUUGGUUGAAGAACGACGGAGAAGCUUUACGUAUGCAAAACCUAGUCUUGGAACUUCACCAAGUGGUGGAGGCAUUUCUUCGAUGUCGGCUCUUUGGUUAAUUCUUCAACUUACUCUUGCUGGUUUAGCUGAAGCUUUUAACUCAAUUGGACAAGUUGAAUUCUACUACAAACAGUUUCCUGAGAAUAUGAGAAGUAUUGCUGGUUCAAUGUUUUUUCUAACCAUUUCUAUGGCUAAUUAUCUCAGUGGUUUUAUGGUUUCGGUAGUUCAUCGAACUACGAAUAAUGCGUCUUCAGGGAAUUGGUUGGCUGAAGAUUUGAACGAUGGGAAACUGGACUACUUUUAUUAUAUGAUUGCUGGAUUAGGAGUACUGAACUUUGGGUACUUCUUGGUUGUGGCUAGAUGGUAUAAAUACAAGGAUGCAGCUAAGUCCAGUGAUGAUGAUGAGAAUGAUGCAAUUGAGAUGGCCAAGGCCAUUACAAAGCAACCAACUGAGAAACAACAAGUUUGAUAUGAAUUAUCUAUAGGCUUUGAUAAUGUAAUAACUAGGUUUAUAUAGUCUGCAAGUAGUGUGGUAAGAUAUCUGUAAAACAGGCUUUUGUUGUGUUAGAUAAUUUACAGAAAAUGGGCCAUGUGGCCAAAAAUGUGUGUUUCCUGGGCCAAAUGAACGGGCAGAGAUUUCGUCUGGGUCAAAUGGACAGUGAAACUUUUUAAUUGAAACUGACCCAAUUACCCUCGAACAGUGGACAUUUAGAAGUUUAGACCA